CCUUCUCGCCCAGCCUGCACACUUCACGCGACACCGCUCAACUUUGGUUUGUUGCCGCAAACGGUGCGCCGCCCACACCUCAAUCGAACCCUGGUUUGCCUCAUUCGGAACUCGGGAAUCUCUCUAUCGCACCCGACAACUUGGUUCUCCUGUGGUUUGGCUUGAAUUGUUGAACGCAGCCUCAACAUCUUCUCUGAACCCCGUUUGUUUGCUGUCCUCUGUCUACUAUCUCGCUAAUCUUCCCCUCUUCCACUGUCUCCUGCUUAUUUUUCUUCCUGCGAUACUCACCACACCCCUGUUGCACCUCCGAGGAUCAAAAUGGAUACUUUAUUGACUGCAGAGAUCUAUGCCAACUCGCCCCGCUUCCGGCGGAGGUCGAGUACCUUUGUCGAUGCCAUCCAUGACUUACCCGAAAAGGAAGAGAUGGCCCCUGCCCAAUUGUAUAGCACCGAGUCUGGUCGACUAUUCCACUCCGGGCGAAUUGUAAUUGCCACGGUUGGCUUGCCAGCGCGAGGGAAGACUCACACGUCUGUCGCCGUAGCUCGUUACCUGCGUUGGUUGGGUGUCAAAACUCAUGUCUUCCACCUUGGCGACUACCGAAGAGCGACCCUUGGGCCAGGAAAGGACGUCCCAGACGACUAUUUCUUCUUGAAUGCAUCUCCCCAGUCUGUGUUGCUGCGCAACAAGAUCUUGAAGAAAUGCCGCGAAGAUAUCUAUCACUUCUUAGAGCACGAGAAGGGACAGGUCGCUAUUUACGAUGCCGUAAAUGCCAUUUCCGCUGGACGGAAGUCUCUUGCGAAGGAGUUCGCCAAGAACGGAAUCCAGACUGUCUUUAUCGAAUCCCACUGCACCGACGAGCGCAUUAUCCAGGAGAAUGUACGAAGAGUCAAAAUCUCCUCUCCCGACUAUCAGGGGUGGUCCGACGAGGAUGCUGUUGCGGACUACCUUGCCCGAAUUAACGCCAGAAUACCUCACUUCGAAACUAUGGAGGAGCAAGACCUGCACUGGAUCAAGAUGAUCAACGCCGGCGAACGAGUGGUUGUGAACAAUUGUGCGUUCGGUUACCUGUCACAGCGAAUUGUCUUCUAUCUACUCAAUUUACACAUCAAAUCUCGACAGACUUACUUCGCCAGAGCUGGAACUACCCGCGAAGAAGACUCUUACAAGGCAGAUGCCUCUCUAUCUCCAGAAGGCCACGACUAUGCCAAAAAAAUGAGCGAAGUACUUCUCAAUUAUCGCGAGGAGGAGAAGCAGAAGUUGAUUGAUCAAGGUGCGCCGGGUGCAGCCCUCAAACCCCUCACAAUUUGGACGUCUACACGAAGGCGCACUGUCCAGACAGCAGAUUUCCUCGCAGCCAUGGGUUACCGUGUAAGACAGCGCUCACAAAUGAGUCAAAUGAACCCGGGAGUGUGCGAGAAGAUGUCAGAACAGAGGAUACGUGCGGAGUUUCCCGCGGAAGUAAUGAAGCAUGAGGCAGAUCCGUACCAUCAUAGAUACCCACGAGCAGAGUCGUAUCAUGAUCUGGCCGUACGUAUGGAGCCGAUCAUUCUGGAGCUUGAGCGCGAAGAAAAUGACCUUCUCAUUAUCGCCCACGAAUCUGUCCUUCGCGUGUUGUACGGCUAUCUCAUGGCCUGCAAUGCCGCCGACAUUCCAAAGCUCGAGUUUCCCCGUGAUGAAAUAAUCGAGAUCAUACCGUCAAGCUACAACAACGUCGCCAAACGAAUCAAAAUCCCGGGCCUCCCUGAGAGCAUUGUGCCGGGUAGUCCCGAGGACAUCAAAAUCCCAGUCCCUCCAAGCGGUACAGUGUCUCCCUUCUCCGGCCUUGGAACCCCCCAGGCCGGAUCUGGCACUGCAACACCUCAGGGCACACCUCAGCCGCUUCAAUUAAGGAAGUCGCAUAUUAACCCGUCGGAUUAGGUCGACUCAAGCCGAGGCGUGACACAGAAUCCUACCUCUUAGUCGAGAUGGGAUUGUUCUGGGGCGUCCGAUGAGCGAGUAUUUGAUUCUUGUAAAUUCUUUCAGUGGGUAGCAGUGGGAUCUGGGAGGUGUAACGAGUAAUCGGUUGGCGUAGGGAUUAGUCCAGCUGCGUUCAUAAGGAUGGUGCUUCCACGAUCGCUGAUGACCUACAUGUACUUGUUUG